AUGGAUCGACUUCUGGAUAGACCGAUAAACGAGUGGCCCGAUGACUAUUGGAGGAUGGCUUGGUCAAUUGCGGAUUUCUCAAAAAAUGCCCUUGAGCCUCAAACAUUCUAUGCAAUAAGCAUUGAUGUACUCAGCAAGAAUGAAGAAAUUGGUUGUGAGACAGGCGUAAUCGACAAAUUCGUCAAAUCAUUCGCCCACUUGACUCAUCGGUUCUAUCCACGUAUUCAUCCGUGGCUCCAUGCGAAAAUAUUCUUCGUUUGCAGAACUUCUCUACUGGACGCUGAAGUUGAAUAUUUUAGAACUCAUGCGUAUUUGGCUGUCGAUCAAGACAAUAAAAUUCUACAUUACAAACAACGAGUGGGACUCGGCGAGUUCGGAAAUCCGAGAAUGCAGGUUGAGGGGUUAGACGAUCCUGUAGAUCCAGCACCCACGAAUGGGAAUGUGGCUGGUGACAAUGCAGACCAAGCCGACGGAAAUCCUCAACAAGGUAAUGAGGUGCAAAAUGCGGGGUAUGACGCUGAUGCCCAUUUGCCUGCCCAAGGAAACAAUGAUAUUCAUCAUAACGAGCAAAACAAUGAGAACUUUCUUGAGAAUCAAUAUCAAUAUACUGUGGAUCGGCAAGGUGGAAACUCGAACACCGUCCCCAAUGAUUUUCCCGAUCAAUACUUUUACGAGGGAUCGAACGAGAACAAUCGUCCGAGCACUUCAACGAGCAUCCCAUAUCACGAAGCGCCUUCUAACAAUAUUCAAUUGAAACGACAGAGUGUCGGUCAAAUAGGAGAUGGCAAUGAAUCAUCUGAUCAGCCGGAAAUAUCGUACCCGAAGAAAUACCGUGUUGUUGUACUGAAAGAGGGAAAUAAUACAAACCUGGGUUCAAAUCAAGAUGCAAUGUAUGAUACUCCGAGCACUUCUUCUGAUAUCCCAGGAUCUGGAAGAUAUUCAAAACCAACAAUCACUUCACAAAAUGCUCAAAUGGAAGGAUUUACUUCUGGAACUGCCGGUCUGAAUCUCCGUCAGCAACAGCUCCAAGAGAGACUUGUGGACUCUUCAAACUUAAGGACUAACUAUGAAACUGCUUCAACUAAUGUACCAUAUUUUGCGAAGAAGAAUAAUCAAAACACACAGUUGCAAAGACAAGGGCAUACUCAUGGAGCUGCCGAUAAGCCAAGAAUAUUGAAUCUGAAAAGAUAUGCUCCUAACCAAUCGGUUGUUGGGAAUCAUACGAAUCGGUAUCUGAAUACGCAUCAACAAAAUAUCCAAACAAGAAUUGGAGAUCAUGAAGUCAAUGAACGAGGACCAUCCGAACCGAAUAGAGAAGUCAACGGUUCCAACUUCAGUUACAUGAAUAUAGAAAACUAUCAAGAAUUCAUGCGUUACGGAGAAACUAUGACUGAGUUUUUGAAUCGCCUAAAUGAACAUCGUAAAGCAGUCGGAUUCAAAGAGGCUCAAAUUUCGUCCGCUGUCUAUAUGAGAGUUCGUUUGAAUUCGAUGAGUGAAAAGACCGGAAGCCGACUUCAGAAUCCGAGACGUCCCAUUUUGAAGUAUAUUCCUGUAACGUUUGAAACAAUGUCAAAAGCCAAACUCAUGACGACUCCUGAGUUUCUUCGGCGUACCCAGAGAGCGCGGAACGCUGCACUGUUCAUCGAAACUACAGAAAAUCUCCGACCAUUUUUCGACGCGUUGUACUUUGCGGUGGAAGGAUUGUCACUCACGAAGACAUUUGCAAACAUCCUAUCGCGGAUCGGAGAGUUUAUCGAGUAUACUGAAGUUAAACCUAUAAUGGCCAGAGAAGGAACUACUGAAACAUCGCUCAAGAUUGUGCUUCAUUGUGUGGUGUGUAACGCCGGCGAAGAAUGUAAAUACGGUUAUACUUUGAAGCAUGUAAUCGGCUCAUUAAUAUCAGGACUGUCAGAUAUGAAUACUCUUGAAAACUUCAAAGAGUCUUGUUAUUUACAAAUCGGGAAACCAGACAGCAAGUUGAAGAAAAUCUCGUAUCCAAUGGUUGACACUUCAUUCGCAGAAGCUCUCAAUUACGCCAUUUCUGUAUCAAAUUUCGAGAAUCCCAAGACUAGAACUUCAUGA